ACAGAAAUUCAAAAGAAGCAGGGAAUUUUAGAACUCCAAAACAUGGCUACGAAGCUGCUGCUUCUGCCUUACGUGUUAUCUGCCUUCCGAGCCCCUCUCCUUUGUCGCGCUCUCCCUUGUUUUCGAGUCAGACCCUUUGUUUCUUCAAGUGCGUUCCGAUGUCUCCAAGGCGUAUGCGGUAAUAAACUCGAAAUUCGCGGCGUGUCCAUUGAUGGGAACAGAUUUCAGACGGUCAAGGGACGUAACUUUUGCGUUCGAGCAACGGAGGUUAAUGAUUCCGGCUCAAUCGACUCCUCCAUGAUGCAGUCCAUGGAGAAGAAGAUCAAGGAGCAACUAAAUGCGGAUGCAGUCACCGUCAAGGAUGCUUAUGGAGAUGGUCGGCAUGUUAGCAUUGACGUUAUAUCCUCGGCCUUUGAGGGAGAAUCUGCUGUGAACAGGCAGAGGAUGGUCUACAAAGCAAUAUGGGAAGAACUGCAGACAACCGUGCAUGCAGUUGAUCAGAUGACCACCAAAACCCCAAGUGAAGCCACAGAGAGCAGAUAAAUACAUCCAAGUGAAUUGCUAUACCAAAUCUCAUGCCUCCUUAUGGUCCUCUCUUGUGAGAAGCUCAACUAAUCUUGAUUAUCAUUACCCUAUUUUUCUUCUACUAUGUUCUUUUACCUGAAUGGUUUUCAUAUUAUCAGAUCUAUAAAAGAGGACAUUAAUUGCAGUUAGUUCACCAUUGAAUUGUGUUGCUUUCUGGUGAUAGAAUAUUGUUAACAAAACAAGCUCAAGGGAAACUUUUACCCACUUCAA